UCUCCAACGGAGACCAUGGGCAAGAUUGUUUUUUACGAGGACAAAAAUUUCCAAGGUCGUAGUUAUGAGUGCAGCAAUGACUGCACAGACCUACACAUUUACUUCAGUCGCUGCAACUCCAUCAGAGUAGAGAGUGGCUGUUUCAUGAUCUAUGAACGUCCAAAUUAUAUGGGCCACCAGUAUUUUAUGAAGCGAGGAGAUUAUUCUGACUACCAGAGAUGGAUGGGUUUCAGUAGCUCUAUUCGAUCCUGCCGAACAAUUCCAAUGUACAGGGGUCCAUAUAGACUGAGGAUCUAUGAAAAGGCUGACUAUGGAGGCCAUAUGAUGGAGUUCAUGGACGACUGCCCCUGUGUGUCUGAUCGUUUCCACCAUCGACAUGUGUACUCCUGUAACGUGAUGAACGGCUACUGGAUCUUUUAUGAAUAUCCCAACUACAAAGGGAGGCAGUACUUCCUGAAAUCUGGGGAAUACAGGAGAUACAGGGACUGGUGUGCCACGUGUGCAACUGUGGGCUCUUUCAGACGAGUCACAGAUUUCUAGCCAUUCUUCUUGCACUUAUUUUUAUGAACUGUUUAUUUCCUGUUUAUAAGCAUAACUGUUUAUAAACAGCUUGAUUUUUCACUUAUUGUGCCUGGAUAUAUAUAUAAAAAAACAGACGAAUAAAAUGAUAUUUGUAAUAA